GUAUUUGAGACUUUGAGAGAUAAGGAGCAAAGGCUUUGGGUUUGUUCGUUUCUUUCUUUCUUGUUUACAAGAGAGAGGACAGAACCCAUUAGGUUUCUACUUUACUUGUGCUCUUCCUCUUCCUCAUUCCUCCUCCUCCUCAACUUCUCUGUUGUGGUUUUCUGAAGAGAUGGCAGGGCUAUCCUUGGAUCACCCUUGGGCUUUUGCCUUUGGCCUCCUAGGCAACUUGAUAUCAUUCAUGGUGUGCCUCGCUCCCGUACCGACAUUCUAUCGAAUAUGGAGGAGGAAAACAACCGACGGGUUCCAGUCAGUCCCCUACGUCGUCGCCCUAUUCAGCGCCAUGCUAUGGAUUUACUACGCCUUCGUCAAGGGCAGCGAGUACCUCCUCAUCACCAUUAACACAGUUGCAUGCAUCAUUGAGACGAUAUAUAUCGUCAUAUAUCUUGCUUAUGCACCAAGAACAGCUAAGGUCUACACUGCAAAAUUGAUUUUACUCCUGAAUGUGGGAGUAUUCUCUUUGAUUGUUCUGUCGACGCUUUUACUAGCAGAAGGCCGGGGCCGGCAAAAACUUCUCGGUUGGAUUUGUGUGGGAUUUGCGGUUAGUGUGUUUGCUGCACCUCUGAGCAUAAUUAGGAUCGUGAUCAGAACAAAGAGUGUCGAGUUCAUGCCAUUCUCUUUAUCCUUCUUCCUCACAUUGAGUGCCAUCGUGUGGUUCUCCUAUGGCUUCCUUAUCAAAGAUAUCUACGUCGCGAUUCCGAACAUAUUGGGAUUUACCUUUGGAUUAGUGCAAAUGAUUCUGUACAUAAUCUACAAGGACGUGAAGGGGUUGAAGGAAGAAGCCGACGUGGCGGUCGCAGGGAAACUAGGUGAGGUCACCGUCGUCGAUGUUCGUUGUCAGGUUGCCGGUGAAGAGACUGAAGCCAAGAAGGUGAAGGAGGAGAGGAAUGGAGUCGAGAUGAAUAUGGUCUAAAAGAGAUGGAUUUAGUUUACGUGCAUAAAAUGAAGGGGGGGAAAUAAACCUGUUAAUUCUCUUUUUAAGUCUUAAUUGCGAUCUGUUAGUUUGUUUGUGGUUUGUAUCGGUUCAUGUCUAGCUUGUUCUUAAGGAAAAUGAUAUUGUUGUUCCAUUUAUAACCUUGGUGUUAUUAUGUACUUAUUUUGGGAAUUAAUAGAACUUUAUUUUAUUA